AUGGACUUCCGCCUCCUGGCCCGCAGCCUCCGGGCCAGGCCAACACCAUGCCUCCAACAGCAGACCCAGCUGCACCGCGUCGCCUUCCUCAACAACGGAGUGCGCUACAAUUCCUCCACCUCAUCUCCAAGCCCACCCUUCAAACCCACAUCUCCCACCGACCAGCCAAGCACAGCCCCCGAGGCCGCGAAGCAAGCCCAAACCCCGUCCAACGUCGACGGGCCACACACAGCUGCCCGCGAGUCCGCCCCCCGGGCCGCACAGCAAUCUCGCAAGCCGGUCUCCGACUUCGACGACAUCCUUAGCAGACUCGACCUCAACAAGCCCCGAGAAGCACCCAGCAGCCAGCGUCGGAUCUUCUCAGACUCGCUUUCCCGUGCUGUCGGCGAAGGCGCACAGAGCAGCUACCGGGCGCGGUCUCGGGCGCCUCUUCCUACACGCAAGGUCGAGCUGAAGCUCGGACCCACGCUUGGUCGUCAAGUUCAUGUUGAGCCUGAGCGUGGUACUGACUUGGGUGCGGCGCUGCGCAAGCUUCAGGCUACUCUCGCGCAGAAUAGCGUUCGGAAUGAUGCUCACAGCCAGAAGUUCCAUGUGCGGAAGGGUAUGGUGCGCAAGCAGCAGAAGAUGAUGCGGUGGAAGAAGCUGUUCAAGUUCUCCUUCCAGGGGACUGUGAAGAAGAUUCAGCGUAUGCAGGCGCAGGGUUGGUAG